AUGCCACCAUUGAGAUUGAGCGACAGGCUUGGGUCUAUCAAGGGUGUCAGACUGACUGGUUCAUCUCACACCUACGACAUCAACGUUCAAUAUUCAUCAGAUACCUGUCAAGGCACCGUCGCAUCCAUCACUCCGCACGAUCUUCCCCACAAUGAACCCUCUCAGCCUCCUCUACUUUUGCCAGCCCUGGCCCAUCCACACAUUCACCUGGACAAAGCAUUUGUCCACAGUGCAUCUAAAUAUUCCCAUCUUCUUCCUUCCGCCGGUACAUUUCACGAAGCGCUGUCUUUCACCACCGAAGCCAAGGCAAGCUUUACACGGUCAGAUCUCUUGACCAGAGGAGAAUGGCUACUUGCAGAGUCCGUUGCGUCGGGAGUGACAGCCAUGAGGGCAUUUGUCGAGAUCGAUCACACUGUACAACUGAUGUGCUUGGACGCAGGAGUAACGCUCAAAGACCAAUGGAGCAAUGCUUGCGAAAUCCAGAUCGUAUGCUUUGCCCAAGACCCUAUUUUUUCAAGUGACUUUGGAGAGGAGAAUCUGGCCCUCGUUGAGAAAGCCCUCGCCGAAUAUCCUCAAAUAGACGUCAUCGGAACAACGCCUUAUGUCGAGUCAAGCAUCGAGGCUGCCAAGAAGAACAUCAAUUGGGCAGUUGACCAAGCUUUGCAGCUUGAGAAGCAUCUUGAUUUUCAUCUCGACUACUAUCUUGACCCAAAGAAGGAAGCCCUGGUUUGGUAUCUUCUAGAGGCCCUCAAACAGCGAGGCUGGACUACGACCUCGACCACCAAGCGUGUGAUGCUCGGACAUUGCACACGAUUAUCCCUAUUCAAAGAAGAAGAAUGGACCGAGAUCUCUCGCAUCAUUCACGAAGAGGAUCUCCCUGUCAGUUUCGUUGGCUUGCCAACCAGCGAUCUGUACAUGGCUGCUUCUCCGCAGAAUCAAGGGAAGCCUAGAGGCACCCUCGACGUACCUGAGAUGAUUCGCAAGUACGGAUUAGAUGUGGUCAUGGGCGUGAACAACGUCGGGAAUGCUUUCACUCCGUGGGGCUCUGCAGAUCCAUUGUUCUUGGCUUGUUUAGGGGUUGGCGUAUAUCAGGCAGGAACGCAAGCCGAUGCGGAGCUUUUGUACGAAUGCGUGUCAACGCGGGCUCGAGCUUCAAUUGGUCUAUCAUCUUCAAAGAAGAGCCUGGCAGUGAACAAAGGCGAUCGUGCAGAUUUUAUAAUAUUUCGCGACAGAGACGAAACAGGGUGUGGCACAUUACGCCCUCGCAGAAACGUGGCAGAGAUUGUGUGGGAUCCUCCCGGGCGCAUCAACAGAGACUUGGUGAUUAAUGGCCGAUCGAAAGUCCCGCCUGGAGUCAAUCGCGACGCAGAGGCUAUAUAUCAGUGUUUGUGA